UAGAAAGAUGGAUAGGUUCAGUGAGGAAGUAGUUUUGCUUUCCUUUCCUGAGGUUACAGAUGCACCUCUCUUCUCUCUCUAGUCCAGCUUCCUUGGAUGCUACUUUAUUCUCUCUCUAACAGAUCGGAAAGUGGUAGCGGACUUAGAAGAUGGGUAAUCUCUUUCCUUGGAAAUGGUUUUCUAUCAUCUCUAAUUUAAUGAAGGUAGCUUAGAGACCCGAGAGAGAGAUUUCUCAUGAAAUAGGAGAGGGGUUUUCCAUCAUCUGAAAAGCCAACUGACUAGAGAAAGAUUUCUCAUCAAAUUGGAGAGAGAGAAUCGCAAUCUUGUGAAUAUUGAUAUAUAGAGAGUGAGAUUUCUUAUCAAAUUGGGGAGAGAGCUUUCCAAUUUUCUUCUCCCAUAAAGGAGAGACAGAGGGAGGGGAGCAUGUGUAAUAUAUGAGACAGAGGGAAGAAAGAGAGAGAAUGGAUCCAAUUACUGCAUCAGGUCAUGGCCUCUCGCUCCCCCCUCCCUUCCACACCAGAGAUUUCCAUAGCCAUCACCACCACCAGCACCUCCACCACAACUCCGAAGAAGAACAAAGCCGGAGCAGUGAUCUCAACAGAGGGAUAAAGCGAGAUCGAGAUCCGAAUACCCCGACAAGCAACAAUGAAGAGAAUCAAAACAGCAGCCAGAACAUGGAGGUGCAACAGACAGGAGGAGAAGGCGAGGUAACUAGGCGGCCAAGGGGACGACCAGCAGGCUCAAAGAACAAGCCGAGGCCCCCAAUCAUCAUCACCCGGGACAGCGCCAACGCACUCCGGUCGCAUGUGAUGGAGGUGGCGAGCGGGUGCGACAUCGUGGAGAGUGUUGCUAACUAUGCACGCCGCCGGCAGCGUGGGGUGUGCAUACUGAGCGGGAGCGGCACCGUCACCAAUGUCACGCUGCGGCAGCCGGCGGCACCCGGUGCCAUAGUGACGCUCCAUGGUCGCUUCGAGAUCCUUUCACUGUCGGGGUCGUUCCUGCCGCCACCUGGACCGCCGGCGGCAACCGGUUUGACAAUAUAUCUCGCAGGAGGGCAAGGCCAGGUGGUGGGAGGCACUGUGGUGGGUGCGCUGUUGGCUUCGGGGCCGGUCAUCAUUAUGGCAGCAUCAUUUGGGAACGCUGCAUUUGAGAGGUUGCCUUUGGAUGAGGAUGAGGCUGUAUUGCAAUUUCCCGGCGGUGGUGGGAUGGGUGGGUCUCAGUCGAGUCCGGAGGCUCAGUCGCAGCCGCAGCAGCAACAGAUGUUGGGGGAUCCAAAUGGAGCUUUGUUUCAUGGGCUUUUACCCAAUUUUACCAACAGCAGUCAGUUGCCGCCGGAGGCUUAUGGUUGGGCAGGUGGCCGACCGCCUUAUUGAGAACCCGGCCUCUCUCUCUGCCCUUUGAGCUAACUCUCUCUUCUUUCUCUCACAUGACUUGACAAAGAGGAGUGUUGCAGUUCUUAGAUUUGUGGUAAGGAUGUUUUGAGGGAUGAUUUACAUUUCUCUUUCUCUUCAUAUAUUUGCUCUUUUUUCUCAUCAGAAUUUCCUAUAUCUUGGCAUCUCUCCCUCAGUUUUAUUCAGAAAUUUUACUAUCUUGAUCUCUCUCUAGUUUGAGUUUCAACAAAAGGAGGGAACUAGGGUUUGUGGUGGUCGGGAUGCUGUUGGCAUAAAGGAAUUGGGGUUUUAAGAGAGAGAAAUUGGGUUUCAAGUUACAGAUGAGAAAAGUUGGCAAAUACUUCUCUCUCUCUCUCUCAAUAUUUUUCUCUCUAUAAACUUUAUCAAGAGGCUGAGGUUUUACAUGGUUGAAAGAGGGAAGAAGGGGUGGAAAAUUUUGGAAAUGGGUGUGAAUGAUUUUGAUGAUGAUAAUUCAUGUGUUUAUUUGAGGAAAGCAUGCCAUUUGCAUGGUUUAAUGGACAUGAAGAUGAGUCAUUGGCUUUUCCAGGAGCACCUGGUUGGGUGCUGCAUGGAGAGAGAGUAAGAGAGUAAGAGAGAGAGAGAGAGAGUAAGAGAGAGAGCAAGAGAGAGAGAGAGAGUCAGGUAGAAAGGGGAGAGAGAGUCAGGUAGAAAGGGGAGGAGCUGCUUGGUUUUCAGUAGUGUGCAGAACUGUUAUCGAGUUGACUAUUUGAAUACGUGCAUCCAGGACACACGGGUUCUUCAUGUAAGUGUUCCACUCCCUCUCUCUCUCUUUCUCUCUCAAUUGUCUGCAUCAAAUUCAUGUAACGGUUGGGGGUUCUGUCAGGGUCUGAAUUCCUCUCUUUUGAGCUUCCAACUUUUUUAUUCGUAACUCCCCAAAAAAACGCAGAUUCUUGUGACUUCUGUUCCAUAAAUAAGUUGGGUUUCACCUCUUUAGUUUUGCCAUUUUCCAAAUGCAAGCUCGUUUCUAGCUUCUACCAUUUUCUUCUGAUAAAUAAUGAAACAAACCAUUUUAGUAGUGGUGGAGUUCAAAGUGCAUGCAAAAUAUCAUGCACUCCCACAGUAGAGAGAAGAGAGAGAGAGAUUUCUUUCUUCAAAUUCCUUCUAUCUGAGAAUCAAGCCUUCUUGGUCUCUCUUUAGAAUCCCCAUCCAUUGUCUGAGACGUUUUCCCCUUACAGCUAUGAUCUCCCAUCCAUUUUGUAACAUUCAUUGAACA